AUGCAGGUGAUCUUUGUAUCGGAGCUUCUCAAAUACCCUGUCAGUGCGCUGGUCGAUGAUAUGGCAACAGUAAAGUUCCUUUACACUAUAGCAAAAGUCGUCCUUCACAGAUAUGGCAUUCAGCCGGUCUUUUACGGUCUUUUUAUUAACGGGCGGAUCGUCUCCGGAGAUGCAACCCCGGUGAGGUCCAUCGCUAAUUCUCAAACUAGCCCGCUCUACUUGCAGAUUCUUAUUCCAGAACUUGUCCGAAACAUGUUAGAAAAGUCUUUGGAAGAUCAGUUUAACGCUUUAAAGAAUAUUUCUAAGCACGCGUCCGAUACCAGAGUAAGUGGAUCCACUCAGAAACCUGUUCUAAGACAGCGUGGCGCCUCUGUGCGUAAACGGUAUGCUAGACGCUAA